ACACCCACAUAAACAUCCGGACAGCCCGCAGAGCCGCUGCUGUCGCCUCCCAGCGCCUCCCAGCGCUCCGCUCUCCAGACGAGCAGAAAGGCGAGAAGCGAGUGAGAGAGCAAGCUCACAGCAGCGAUGGCAACUGACGGCAGCGGGACGCCGCUCGAAGACAACGACGAGCCGGCUCCAUCAGACCUGGAGCCCAGCGGAAACAUCCCGAAGAGGCACGCCCGGGUCACGGUGAAGUACAACAGGAAGGAGCUGCAGAGGCGGCUGGACGUGGAGAAGUGGAUCGACGAGAGCCUGGACCAGCUGUACAGGGGCCAGGAGGACGACAUGCCGGAGGAGGUGAACAUCGACGACUUGAUUGACCUUCGUACUGAUGAGGAGCGAAUCGUGAAGUUAAAGGAACUCCUCCAUAGCUGCAGUAACAACACUGAGGCCUUCAUCAAGGAGCUGGUGGCGAAGCUGGUGGGCGUUCACAAGCAGGAGGAUCUGCAGAGCGAAGGCAUCGGGCAUCCUGCCAUCUGCCACAGCCUCCACCGCCACGAGCCCUACCACUUCAACAACCCGCAGCACCACUUCCCUCACACGCGAGGCCACAACCAGAGUCUCUGACGGGAACCGGAUCCGCGCGAAGACGAGCUGACGCACAAGGUCGGCUGUUUUGGACUGAAAGGUUCAGGGAUCGACAGAACAUCAAACAUACUGACACACUUCAAAUGUAAGGCUCUCCUGCUGAGGGUUAGAGAUAGUGACUCUAUUCACAAUCGGCUCUCAGGUAAAGCAUGAAGGAAUGCAAAGAGAAACCUUCACUCUGCCUGAGUUAGGAGGCAAACAAAGUCUAAUCUACUACCAGUUAGUGUUUAACCUGCUGCAAAGCCAGUCGUGCUGGUAGAAAUGCUCCGGCAGGUUUCUGCUGCUUUGGGUCACAACUUAGUCCACGAUUUUAACUGUGAUUUGCAGGGGAUUAAUGGCAGAUUUGUUGUCUGUUAUCAAAAAGAUGCUUAUAGUUUCUGUUUCAUCCUUUAUUUUUUGCAAAGGGUUUCUUCAAAAGAUUUGUUUUAAAUGGUAACACUAUCUGUAAUCCCAUUACGGAUGUGAGCAAAACUUUGUUAUUCUGCUAAUUAAA